AGUUGUUUACCGUCAAUGUCACAUGUCACUAUUACUGAUAGGUUUGUAGGGUAACUACUUUGGUCUAUUUGUUCAGUUUUUAUUAAAUUUUGUUCUAGUUCUAUCAAUAUGAGAUUUUAUUUAGUUAAAAUUAAAUUUCGUAAUCAUUUUUUCGAUUACUUUCACUAGGUUGGCGUAAAUGAAGUUAAAAUUGUUUAAAAAAGCAUAUAUGUAAAAUUUAGCUAUUUUUAAACAGUGUAAGUGAGCACAAUGCAUUCAAAUUACAAAUCUGUCUUCAGAGAUAUUUACAAUAGACAAUAUAGUUAUAAAAAUAAUUUGUAUAGAACGGCAAAAGAUGAUGAAAGUCUUCUUCAAAGAUUAGGGCUACUUAAAAAAUUGCAAAUUCAUCACGGCUGUGUUAAUACUAUUUGUUGGAAUGACACUGGGGAAUAUAUUCUUUCUGGUUCUGAUGAUCAAUGUCUAGUCAUAACAAAUGGACAUAAUUAUGAUGUCUUAGGAAAAUACACUACCAGCCACCAUGCUAAUAUUUUUAGUGCAAAAUUUCUUCCACAUACGAACGAUAAACAAAUUGUAUCUUGUUCAGGGGAUGGAAUUAUUAUCCAUACAGAUUUAUCUAGGACAGAAGAAACAUAUGAUAAUAUAUUUAAUUGCCAUGCUGGAACCACUACUUAUGAAGUAAUCACUGUCCCAAAUGAACCAUAUUCAUUUCUAAGUUGUGGUGAAGAUGGUACUGUAAGAUGUUUUGAUUUGAGAAGUAAAAGCAGCUGUCAUAAACCUAGAUGUAAGGAUGGUACAAUAAUAUCCUGUCUAAGAGCAGUUACAGCUUUAGCUCUUAGUCCUACUUCUUAUUACCAUUUAGCUAUCGGCUGUGCUGAUUCAUCUGUACAAAUCUUUGACAGGAGAUACAUUAACACUAAAAUUGGAGGUAUGUAUGUGUGUACUACAAAUUGUCGUGUAGUGAAUGAUCUUGUAUUUUUAGGGCAACAUCAGGGACAACCGUUUUGUACAUUUGUUGCUCCCCAUUUUGAAAAUGACAGACAUUACAGAAUAACGUCAUUAAGUUACAGCAGAGACGGACAGGAUAUGCUCGUCAGUUAUUCAUCAGAUUAUCUCUAUUUAUUUAAUGUUAUGGAAAGUAGUACUAUUCAGCUUAAAAAACCCUUCCAGAAAUCUUCGCAUUGGGAUAAAAUUAAAGCUAUGACAGGUAAAAGGGAAAGAUUAUCUCCUAUACCUGUCAGGAGGUUGAGGUUGCGAGGUGAUUGGUCAGAUACUGGUCCAGAUGCUCGACCAGAGAGAGACAACAGCUCUUCAUCCGCUAAUCUCGGUCAGGCAAGACCACAACUACAAGCAACUCUUAUGCAACGUAUGACAGAUGUAUUAUCUCGUAUGCUGAACGAUCCGAUGACUAGGGCAGCGCUUAGUGCCGGUGGAGAAGAUUCCGUGGAUGCAGACGAUAACGCCCAAAGAAUAUUAGAUAAUAGAAACAAUAGUCAAUCAGAAGAAGCUUCUGGUAAUAGUAGCAUGGAAACGGAACAAACAGGACCCGAACAGAGCUCAGAUCGUCCUACGUCUCAGAUAAAUUCAUUAAAUUCGGAAGGUAUACGAUGCGGACCAACUAGUCACCUUCACUGUCAUCUGAUAGCCUUAAGGAAUCUUCGGGAAGGUUUCAUUGAACAACACGGUGCUGAACCUUCGGUUAGUUUCAGAUAUUCACAACAGAGUACCUCAAAUUCAACGAUUAGUCUUCGAGUUAGUAAUAGAAACAACGCCAACGAAUCGGCAACAGUGCCUUCUACUUCAGAACGAGAGGUUUGGGGGGAAAAUCAAAGAGCCGAAGAAACGAAUGCUGACGUUGAUCUAGAUUAUGAUGAUGUUGUUAUAAGUGGAGAUGAAACAGUCGAAGAAGAAGAGGAAGAACCUGAAAAACAUCGUACCUACGAAGCGGAAAUGAAAAUGAAAUAUGUAGGUCACAGAAAUUCACGCACCAUGAUAAAAGAAGCGACUUUCUGGGGGGACGAUUACGUAAUGUCAGGAUCGGAUUGUGGUCAUGUUUUCAUAUGGAAUCGUCACACGGCAGAUCUCAAAAUGCUCCUCCAAGCCGAUCAACACGUUGUGAAUUGUCUCCAACCUCAUCCUACUCUACCUUUACUUGCUACUAGCGGUAUAGAUCACGAUGUUAAACUGUGGGCUCCUAUUCGUGAAGAAUCUUGCUUCGAUGAAAAAUCAGCCGGGGAUUUGAUAAAUAGGAACGCAAUCAUGUUGGAAGAAACUAGGGAUACUAUAACCGUCCCAGCUGCUUUUAUGAUUCGAAUGUUAGCUUGUUUGAAUCAAAUCCGUAGAGGAGCUAGAGCUAACCGAACGUCCAGAAGAAGAGAAGAAGAUCAAGACGACUCAUAAUAUAUCUCUAUUGAACUAUCUAGAUUAUUUAAUAAUGGAUAAUGUUUUACGAAAUCUUUUAAUUUGAAUAUUGUCAAAUUCCGAAGUUCAUUAUAAUUUUGAUAACUUGAUUUUGUGUACACCAACAUAGUACAAAUAGAGCAGCAUCUAAAAAAGGUUAGAAUACUUGAAAUUCGACGUUUUUUUUUUUCGUAAAACAGUUCCAAAAAGUAGAAGUGAAAUAGAAGAAAAACUAAAAGUUGAUUCUCACUAUACGUUCCAUUUAUUGAUUUCUUCGUUGAAACAAAAUAAAAUCAUCACUUUUGUAACAUUCAGUAUAUAUUGAUAAAAAAAUACCAGGUAUAAAUUUUUAGCGAACUACUGUAACUCAAUUUUAAAAUUCGAUUUUCUAGAAUACCUAAAUUUUAUUCACUAAAUCGGUUUUAUUGAUUGUGACAUUUUUAUCCAUUUUCUAUUUAUAUGAAAGGUUUCUUAAAAAAGUUAUCACAAAAUCAAAGUAAAAAUUUUGGAAUAUAUUUGAAAAACUAGUAAGGAAAAAAUUCGUAAAAUGUCUAAUGUUAAAUUAAAUUAAAAUACAACGUUGCCAAGCUGGUUUAUUUUACUAAAAACACCAGGAAGUUAAAUUUGAGAGACCAUUCCAUAUCAGGAAUACUUAAAUUGAACACUAGGUAUAUACAUUAUAGAAAUUUGAAAUUUAAUAUAAAAAAUAAACUUAUUUCGAGCAUAUAUUUCAUACAUCGGUAUGAACAAACAAAAUUUUAUUUAAAAUAUUUCUACUACAUCAACAUUGGUCCUUCUAGCCGGGUAUAAACUAAAAGUAUAUGGAAUGUAUAUUGUUGGUAUAGUGACGAAUAUAAAGCACGUCUAGUGAGAAUCAAACAAAAAAACAAAGGAUACUUUGAUAUUUUAAUCUUUCUAUAUGUAAAAAAGUUGAAACUGAUUUUAGAAAAAAAUGUAUUUGUAAUUUUGAGCAGCAACCUUUCGCAUCUAUCCAAUCAACAGCUAGCUGAAAGUGAAAGGUAAGGUAAGUUGAAAAAUAACAUAUAAAAAUUCAAAUAAAGUCCAUUUUUUCACGAUUGACAGUUACACUGCUCCACAGAAUUGUGUUUUCAUAUUUCUAUUGCUAUUUAAUGUCGUUUGUAAGCAUUUGAACAAUUACAGCUGCUAUCUUUUGAUUCAAGCGAAUAAUAAACCACUUGUUUCGAAAAAAAUAAUUCUUAUAAUAAUUCAAUAAGUGAAAAAAAAAUCUAUUAUAUGAGAGUAUUUUUCACCCAUUUACUUGUGUCUAUUCAGAAUUUCACUCAAUAGCAUGUUUUUGGUAGAUAUUUCUCAACAUAUAAAGCAGAUUUGCCCUUUUUUGUGUUGUGUCGUUUGCAUAGCAACUAGCAACCCUAAUAUAUGGAAUAAUUAUGGUUAACACUCAGUGAAUAUGAAUUUUUUUAUUCAUGUCCUUAGGAAAGUGCCCUUGCUGACUUUAUACUAUCCUCUUGUUAAUGUUUUACAUUUUUCGUUUAUUUGUCCCUAUCGAAAACAAUGAGUACACAUUAAACUUUUUUACAUAAAAAGAUUGAUGUUCGUUGGUUCAAACUGUAGAUAUUUAUUUUUAAAAUUAAUUUCGUGGAAUGUUCGACUGGAGGCAAACAUAUAUUGUUGAUAUAUUUAUUUUUGACUAAUUUAUUUUUAAUAAACAGAAAUAUGUCAUUUACCAGGUACUAAAAAAAGUAUGAAAGAAAUAAGUAAUUGGACGUUUAUUUGCAAAAUAAGCGUCAAUGUAUCCUAUUACUUAUGAUCCGAUGAAAAUAUUUGUCCUCCAUACCAAAGUGACAGAAAUUUCAACUUGUUUUACAAUUUUAGUUCUAAAGUUCUGCCAUGUUCAUCUUCAGGUUGAAAUCUUUCAAAAUAACUCUCAUUUAAGUUAAACCACAGUCUCAAUUUGUCAUUUAGAACGUGGCAUUCUCAUUUACACAAAUAUAAUUUUUUUGACCGUACUUCAAUUUAAAUUAUAGAAAAUUGGUCCUACAUUUACUGUAGUGCUAAAAAUGUAUGCAAGGAUUAUUAAUUGAACAUGAUUUUCAUGCUGAAUCUCUGUCCCCCUUACUAAAAUAACUGAAAUUUCAAUGAGUAUAUUCAAUUACCCAAUUAUACAAUCUUAGAUCGAAAUCUUUCGAAACAACUCUUAAAUAAGUUGAACACGUGUCUCAUUCUGUUUUAUUGUCUCAUCAUUCCUAUUAUCUUAUUUUUAUCUGGUAUUUUCAUUUAGAAAUGUAUUUUUUGUUACUUAAUUAAAAAAAAUUAUUGAUACUAAAACAGUCAGUACAUUUUAUGUAAUUGUGUAACCCUUCCUAAUAAUUUCUCUAUUUCAUUGUGGAAUAGGCAUUUAAACAUGCUAUUAUAUCAAAUUCGAAAAAAAUGUCCAUCAAGUCAAUAAACUGAAUCUAGUCUUUCCAUUUCUAGUUGAAAAUCAAGUUCGUGUCAGAAUCUUUUGAAACAACUCUGGUGUAAAUAGAACUGUCGAAGCUUGAAAUUCAAUCUGUUUAUUGUUAUAUUUUCUUAACUUUCUCAUUCAAACUAAAACUUUUAUGAAAAACUUUUUCCAUAGAGUCAAGUUAUGAUUUUUCUACUAUCAAAACAAAUCCAUUAUUUGAUAUAUAAUUUGAGCUACAUCAGUAAGUUACAAUUGUUUUAGUUGUCUUCAUGCUUUGUAGUAAACUGAAAUACCACCCAAAAUUUUAUUUCAAUGAACAGCUGAUCGUUAAAAAUAUGUUAGGCAGUUGUAAUCUAUUAAAACACCACAUUUGUCCAAAUUUAAAUUAAAUUAAAUUUAUUAAAAAAAUAUAUAACUUACAGUUUCAUUAAUUUCACAUAAAAAACUUGUAAAAAUUGAUACUUUUACUGAUCUCCUUGUAUAAAUUUUUGUUUGUCUCCAACAUAUAAUGUAUUAUGAAAAUAUUAGUAUUAAGUUGAUAUUGAUUGUGUUGAAUUAAUCGGGAAUGUUAUUGUGUAAUUCAUGUUACCAAUUAAUGUAAGUUACUGUGAUUUAACUCAAUUUUACAUUUACUUUGUAAUUUGACAAGGCAAAUAAAUUUUUAAAAGAUA